CCAAAAAAUUAAAACUAGGAUUUUAUUUUUAUAUUUUGUUUUAUUUCAGAUUCCACCAUAAACAAAAUAAUGUAGAAAAACACAAAUUUAAAAUAAUAAUAAAAAAUCGUUUUCAUUGGAAUUCAUUUCGGCUGUUGGAUCCUAUAAAACAGCGAUCUCACCGGUUUAGACUCUAAUCUGAGCCUUUUUCUUCUCUCUCACACACACCCUGCUUCUCUCUCUAAACUCGCUCUAAGCACUUUCAGAAAAUCCCUUCAUCCUCUGUUGUUGCCUGAGGGAUUUCUAGAUUGGGAAUCUGCGGAGAAAGAGCUUUUCAGAUUCUGAGAAUAGAAAGCUUCUGCUGGUGGGAAACUGUUCUUCCGUGCUCCUACGCCUGUACCGCAGAACCGGAAUCCGUCCAUCUCUUUCCUUUUCAGAUUUUCCAUUUCCAGGAACAGCGUUUGGACAAUGCCAAAGGAGAGGAGCUGAGGGAGGUGAGAAGGUAGAAAUCCAUCGCCAUGGAUCAAAGCUGCAUUUUCCCGGCUGUCAAAUACUCCGAGCAUCGGACUGUGACGAAAAAGCUGGCAAAGCCAUCGGCGAGGCUGAGGAACUCUUCUGGCUCCUGGAAUCUGACAGAUUCCGCCGGAUGUCCGAGAGUUGUUCGAAUUUCCGUCACGGAUGCCGACGCGACGGACUCCUCCAGCGACGAGGAGGCGAUUUUCGGCCGGCAGCGCGUCAAGCGAUACGUUAACGAGAUAAGCAUCCAGGCCUGUUCGAGAGAUAACGGAGGAAACGGUAACGGCGUGUGGAGGAGCAGAUCUGUUAGGAACGGGCGGGAGAAGCCGUCGACGACGCCGGAUUUGCAGGCCGAGAAGAAGUUCCGCGGCGUACGGAGGCGGCCGUGGGGGAAAUGGGCAGCGGAGAUCCGCGACCCGUCUCGGCGUGUGCGGCUCUGGUUAGGAACGUACGACACGGCCGAGGAGGCCGCGAAGGUCUACGACAGCGCCGCGAUUCAGCUGCGAGGGCCAGACGCCAUGACGAACUUCUCCGCAUCUCCGGCGAAAUCCAAGCCGAAAAUCGAUCUGACGACGUUUUCCGGCGAAGAUUCAAGCGACGAGUGUCAGAAUAUCAACUCUCCCACCUCGGUUCUCCGCUUUUGCUCUUCCUCGAUCGAAGAAACCGAUUGUGGUAACCGGCAACAACCGGUCAAAGAAGCAAGCGAAGCGCCGAGUUUACCGAGUAAUUCCGCCGAGUUUUUGCCGUUGGAUACGCCGUUCCUGAACGAUGAUUUCUGGGAGUUCGAGAACCCGUUACCGGGAUUUUUCAAGGACGUGUCACAGAAAAGCUUCCUUCAAGAAGAUAUCAGUGAUAUCUUUCUCGGAACGGGCGAGGAUUUCGGGGCGCAGUCGUGGCACGUUGACGAUUAUUUCCAAGAUAUCGGCGAUUUAUUCUCGUCGGAUCCCCUCCCAUCUUUCUAAGACCCGAGGAUUCCCUCUGCCGGCCUGCCGAUUUCUCGGCAGAUUUUGUAACGGCGGGAAAAGAUAGAGCCGCCAUCUUUCACUAUUUCGUUUUUUUUUAUCGUUUUCAAAAAAUCUCUCCGUUACAGUUAACGGCGAAUGGAGAGAGUGAGUGCUGUUUCGGACUCUUUUAAUUAUUAGUUUUUUCAUGUAUUUUAUUUACUAGAAUGCUGAGGCGAUUCGCGCGAGGAGAAUUAAAA